AUGCCUGAUGGGAUGGACCACAACCUCCUGGGUGGAAGCGCUGCUAUCGACGGCGCUUCAGGGACUGCUGCGGGUGUUGCCGCCAGUGCUGCAGGCGCUGCUGUCGCCUCAUCUGCCUAUCAUCGCGACCUGCCGUCUCCUUCGCCUGUCCAGCCAAUGCAACAAGCUCCUGUAUCACGCCCUCUGGUAGUGCCAAUCGUGCCAACAAGGCCGGAUAACCGCCGAAUUUCUGUCUUCACCAGCGACACCGGCAUGACAGGCAGCGCAUUCACACCGUCUUCCGUCUCACCGAACUCGACAAACUUCAACAUGCUUCCAGUACCUGGUAUGGCUCGCACAGCCAAGCCGCAGCAAGCACCACCAGAUCCGCCUGUUGGGAGAUCCGCCAACGCCCGUUUCAGUGUCGACAGCAUGAGCAGUGUAAGCACCAGCAGCUGUGUUACUGCUGCGCUCUCGCCGGGCCAGAUGGCGUGGCCCAUGCCUCCAGGCACCCCGCCUGCAAUUCGACAUCCAGGUGGGCCUCAGUAUAUCGACUUUGAGCAGACAGGGAGGACUGUUGUUCGCAUUAAUCUUCCGCCAUGUGGUCACAGGCCGGGUUACUGA